AUGUCAGAUAACAAUAAAAAAUCUCAAUUAACUUCAUUAUAUAAAACUCGUCGUCCAAAAUCAUAUGAAAUUGAACGUACAAAAGAAAAUUUAAGUCAAAAAGCUGCUAAAUCACUUCGAUAUGAUUUAAAAUCAUUUAAUAAAACUAAUACAAUUCCAAAAGAACGUUUUAGUCAAAAUACUGUUGCACUUCAUUUUAAAGUAUCUCUUAGUGAAUUACUUGAUAGAAUGAAAGAUGCUGAACCAUCAUUUGUCAGUUUUAUAAAUGUAUGUUUAAUGAACUACUAUUAUGGUGCUAUGUAUGAAUAUUAA